AUAUCUUCUUCUUUCUCCUUCCUCUGUGAUUACCCAAAGCUGCUUAUCAUUUUCAUUUCCCCCCCUGGUUUCAUCUCUCCAAAAUCAAAUGGCUCUCAAGAUUUCUUCUGCUAUUUCUUCUCCUCUCCAAACCUCACAACUAGAAAUCAAACCCAUAUUCGCAUCUCCUUCUCGGGUUUCGAUUUUUCCCAAGAAAAGAAAUGUUGUGAUAUCUGCUGAAUUAAAUAAUCGUGCUGCAAUAACAGGGAUAGUUUUCGAUCCAUCGGAAGAAGUAAAGAAAGAACUUGUUUUGGUUCCAAAUGUUCCUCAACAAUCUCUUGCUCGUCAAAAGUUCACGGAUGAUUCUGAAUCUGCAAUCAAUUAUCAAAUCAACGUGGAAUAUAACGCGUCGUAUGUGUAUCACGCCAUGUAUGCGUACUUUGAUAGAGAUAACGUAGCUCUUAAAGGCCUGGCAAAGUUCUUUAAGGAAUCAAGUGAAGAAGAACGGCAACACGCCGAAAAACUGAUGGAAUAUCAGAAUAAGAGAGGAGGUAAAGUGAAGCUGCAAUCUGUUGUCGCGCCUGUUUCUGAAUUCGAGCAUGUUGAGAAGGGAGAUGCUUUGUAUGCUAUGGAACUUGCACUGUCGUUGGAGAAGUUGGUGAAUGAGAAGCUUCUCCAUUUGCAUAGUGUUGCGAACCAAAACAAUGACGUACAACUGAUGGAUUUUGUGGAGUCCGAAUUUCUGACCGAGCAGGUGGAGGCUAUUAAAAAGAUAUCAGAAUAUGUGGUUCAAUUGAGGAGGAUAGGCAAAGGACAUGGUGUUUGGCACUUUAACCAGAUGCUGCUCGAAGAAGGAGCUGCUGCGUGAUAAAUAGAGAAUCCCUCUUCGUUCGCUCCUUGCCUUGUCAAUAGUUUCGUCCAGUGUGGUUGGUGUUUGCUUGAAGUUUGUAGCGGUGUUUCUUAGGCUCGUUGGAAGCAUAGAGUUAUUAUUUAGAGAAACUGUAUUAUCAGCAGAUGUUGAGAUGUAGGAUCUGACUCUAGUUUAGAAGGCAAAAGGUAGGAACUCAGAUCAAUAAAAGUAAACCUCCUUGUGAGCGGCUUACUUCAGUCUUAUUGUUGCAGUUAGUUGGAUAUUAGUAACUUAGCUUAUCAUGUACGCAGUUAUGCCACAUUGAAUGGUUUUGAAUGUUUGAUUGAUCAUGUUUGAAAAAUAUAGAAUGCUUGAUUGAUUAUGUUUGAAAA